AUGGCGUCUGCAAAGGUCCUCAUCCCCAUGUCCGACUAUGGACACGAUCCCACAGAAACCGCCGUCGCGUAUGACGUCUUCAAACAAGCCGGCUUCGAAGUCCACUUUGCCACGGAAACAGGCAAUGCACCACGCUGCGACGAUCGUAUGAUCUCCGGCAUCUCGGGGAAAUUACUCGGCGCCAAACAAGAUGCCAUCGCCAAGUACAACAAGAUGAUCGAAGACCCCGCCGUCAAAGAGCCUCUAACCUGGUCAGACCGUGGCUUCUCGCUUGACCAAUACAACCUCGUGUAUUUCCCUGGCGGCCACGACAAGGGCGUGCGUCAGACGAUUGAUUCAGCCUCGCUGCAGAAACACAUCGCCGAGUAUUUCCCGCAGACCCGGAAACCAAGCCAGAAGACAGUGGCUGCCGUGUGCCAUGGCGUGCAGACAUUGUCUGCUGCCACCUUGUCAGAUGGGAAGAGUGUUCUUCACGACGUUACUACGACUGCUUUGCCCGGAGCUAUGGAAUCAGGUAUUUACUGGAUGACCCGGCCAUUCCUCGGCGACUACUACAAGACAUACGGCAAGGGCACGGAUAAUGUCGAGGCAAUUGUAAGGAAGAAGCUGGACAACCCGGAUAAGCAGUACAAGAACAAUCUCGGUCCCGGGCCAUUUGUGGUUGAAGACGAAAACUACAACUAUGUCAGCGGCAGGUUCCCUCCCGACACGGCGGCUUUGGCCCAGCGAGCCGUGGACUUGGUCAAGGAGACUCUGAGUGAGAAGUAG